AUUGUGUUUGUGCACAUGUCAGCCCCGCCGCGGCGCGCUCCUCGCAUUGACAGUGUGGGUGAAGAGCAUUUGUUGGAGUAUGAGGAUGGAGAGAGUGCCGAAGGAGAAGAUGCCUUGAGCAGGUUACCGUCCACCCGGUCCAUUCGCUCUGUUCCGUUUUCCAUAGCAAGUUCAGCCACUGUGGAAGCUCCUCGGGAGGCAUUCUUCUUGGCCUACUACAAUAUGCACCGUGAAGAGCGGCAACUGUGGAGUACACGAUGCACUGUGCUGAUGGUGGCGGUGUUAUUUGUUGCCCUUCUUUGUGGUUUGUUCCGACUUGUCUCCCAUCUUCACAGCCGCACAGAGGUGGACCCGUCCAAGGUCGUUUUGAUGAACGAUUUCCACUCGUUCGCUUCGAUGGGCUGCUUUCCAUUGCUGGGCAACGACGCACCGCAAGCCGUCAGUGAAGGACUCGCACGAGACUUUGCCUGCAUGGAUCCGAAGAAGCAUGAUAUAUGGAAUCAAGCGAAUUGUCGAAGUGGCCUCCCGUUCUACCGCUUCAGCACCGGACAAGUGAUUUCAUGGCGCUGGUGCGCGAAGCUUUGUCUUCUCAAAGGCUUAGACAUAUCUGGGGUGGUGGAUGCCAAAGAAUGCCGUUGCGGCGCGUCCCAACAGAACUUGCAGGUCUGGGCCACUGAUGCAGCACCAGGAGAGUUUCUGCAAUUUCAGCCGUCUAAGGCGCUCCCAUCAAACAGUUCAGAGUGCCGCCUCCUGGCCGCCCGGUUUUUGGGCCGUUUGCCCAUUGAAGCCUGGCGGAUGGAUCUGAACGAGGAGGAUUUGACUUACAUUAGGAGCAUUGUGAGCAGAGCGCCUGUGAACAGCAUAGAGCGCCUGCCACCAGGGCUUCCACCCAAAGAGAAGGUGGUUGCACCGCCGCCCUCACGGAAUUGGGUCGAAGUGGCAUUGAACAGUUCGUGCUUCCCUGGCCAAUGUGCAUCGGGAUGGCCCUGGCCCAUUUGGACGGUCUACAAGCAGGGUAUUCCCUUCACUUAUGAUGAGACGGUGGAUGUACUGAGCAAGAGCUCAGUUCGACAAGCCAUAGAACGUCUACAACGGAUGGUUUGUGUCAAGUUUACUGAAGUUUUGCCUUCUGACAAUUCAACCUACAAGAUCGUGUUCACCAAAAAGGAUCCAGGACCUUGCUAUGCGGUCCCCAUUGGAUAUCCGGCAACCUUUUUGCGAGAUGCCAUUGUGAAUUUAGCCUCCUGCGGUCAGAACGUGGGCGUGAUCCUCCACGAGUUGGGACAUGCCCUGGGGAUGUCCCAUGAGCAGGCCCGCCAGGACCGUGAUGAUUAUGUGACCAUCAACUGGAUGCAUGUUCCAAAGGACUACGAAGCGCAGUACUACGUCGGAUCUUCCUCUUACAUUGGGUCCCACACUGCUAGAUUUGUGCCCUAUGACUACCACUCGGUGAUGCAUUACUCUGCUGGCCCCGCCAUGAACAGUCUGCCAAUGAUAAAUGGAAAGGGCGUCCACGACGACGAGAUGGGUCAACGGAAUGAUUUCUCGCCAAGGGAUGUGGUGCAGCUGCGAGACAUGUACCAGUGCGAUGGCCUGCGUGGCAGCUGUGCUGACCAGGAUGCCCAGGUGGCGCCAAUGUUCCGAAUUGGAGGGAGCGGUGCGACCUGCGAGAAGCUCAAGGACUUCUGCGAGGAUUCGGACUACGGUGAAAGCAUCCGAUAUUUUUGCGCGCAGACCUGUGGCACCUGUCCAGAGAUUUCAACGGUCAACGCUGUUGAGGGCUGCCAAGACACGGAGGAAAACGUUUGCAAAUCCCUGGAGGACUACUGUCCAGGCAAAGGAGCUACUGGUAUGGAAGAAUACAUGUCCCUCCACUGCCGGAAGCGUUGCUGCCUUCCCCAGUUCUGCCAAAGCUGUGAAGAGGAGACUGCGGAGACUCCAGAGACCAAGGUGAAUUCCGCAUCGAUUCCAUCCCGAGACAGCGUGAGAAUGAAGGUAUUCUUUGACAGCCCACAGUACGAGAAAGACCAAAUACGUCGAGAGGAGCUGCAGCUUCGCUUCAGUGCGCUUUUGGGCCCUGGAGUCACAGUUGAGCUCAUUCAAGCACCUCAAUGCUUGGCACAUUGCCAGGAUGGUGAGGCAUAUGUGCGGCAGAUUUGUGGUUGCGACCGGAAGGAGGGGUCCCGAUGCUUCCAGAGCUGUCACGAGUUGCGCCUCAAGUGGGUCCUACUGACUCCCGGGGAGCUGAGCGACUACACAGGUGGCAUUCUUGUGAGGCACAAGGAGGUGGAUGUGCCGAGCAUUUUUGAGCCCGGUGGCUGGCAAUGGCAGAACAUCGUGGCCUAUGCUACCCAGCACAGGGGAUGGAAGUACCUGGCUGCCGCCAUUUUUGCCGUCGCCUUGCUCUUGUUGUUGCUCUUGCUGGGCUUCCGCUUCUGGUGGAAGUCAGUCAAGUCAGAGCGAGAUGAGGAUCCGGCAGCGGACCUGCGUGGGCUCAAGCGAGGGGUGAGCUCCUCCACCAUAGCUUCAAGCGCCACAUCCCACUCCGAGAUUUCUCUUCAGGAGCUUGGAGAGAUUCUCCGCGAUCAAGAACGGGAAGGCAAUUUGCAGGCGGUCAGCGACAGCUUUAGUUCUUGCUCGCAUAGAACCCCUUCCAUGCAGAUUCGGAUCGAUCACCAUUAGGAAAGCCGCUAAUUGGAUGUCGUUCAGCUCUAGCUAAAAUGGACAAACUUGGCAGUCUCCAUCAGUCUCCUCUCCAGUGACAGACUUAAGC